CUCAGUGACCAUAUGGGGCAUCCACGAGCACGGAACCUCACCGGGGCAACGAGACGAACCCAUCGCAACCCGCCAUGGCGACCAUCACGACCAUCAUCGCCUUCGAUCUCUACGGCACCAUCCUGUCGACCGAUUCGAUCGCCGCCGAACUGGCCGAGGUUGCCGGCCAUGACCGCGCAGGAGAGCUAGCCUCGCUCUGGCGACGCUACCAGCUUGAAUACACGUGGCGCAUCAACAGCAUGGGCCACUACCGCCCCUUCACCACUCUCACCCUCGCCUCCCUGCGGCACGCCGUCGCCGACCUCGACCCGGCCCUCGUGUCCGUCCUCACGCCGGACCGAGAGGACCGGGUGAUGCGGGCGUACGACGCGCUACGUGUCUUCCCCGAGGUGCCCGCCGCCUUCCGGUCGAUCCGUGAUCAGGCGGAGCCAGCACCAGCACCAGCAACGGCAGCGGCGGCGAAGACUAGGGUGGAGGCGUACGUCUUCUCCAACGGCACGGCCGACAUGAUAUCGUCAUCCCUGUCCAACGCGCCGGACCUGGCCCCGCACGCCGGCGUGCUGCGCGGGCUGGUGAGCGUGGACGAGGUGCGGGUCUACAAGCCGGACCGCCGGGCGUACGAGCACCUGCUGCGGCGGGUGGGCAAGGAGGGGAGGCCCGAGGAGGUGUGGCUGGUGAGCUCGAACCCGUUCGACGUCGUGGGCGCCGUCUCGGCCGGCCUGCGGGCCGCCUGGGUGGACAGGGCGGGCAGAGGGUGGACCGACCGGUUGCUGUUCGAGCCGACCAUCGUUGCCCGGGGAGUUGACGAGGCGGUGCGGGAGAUCAUC